AUUUUUUCAGUGAUCAUAGUAUGGUUACAUAGAUCUUAGUGUUAGUAACUAUAUAUGGUAUUUUGCAGGUUUGCCUAUGUAGAGUUUGCAGAUAAAGAUUCCGUGGCAACAAGCUUAGCAUUAGAUGAUUCAUUAUUUAGAGGCAGACAAAUUAAGGUUUUUGCAAAACGUACAAAUAGACCUGGUAUAAGCUCAACAAAUCGUGGUAGAUCUAGAGGACGUGGUCGAAGUAGAGGUGGUUUCUAUGGUGGAUAUGCUCCAAGACCAAGAGGGAGGGGAAGAUACAGACGGGCGUCACCUUACUACUCACCAUACUGAAAUAACCGACUGUGAAUUCUUACCUCACUGAUGCCAGUCUUGGUCCACACACAAUCUAUUUAUAUAUUUGCAAAAUACUGUUCAGCUGUUGAAUUACAUAAAAUGUAGCUCUGCAGUUCUUUAAAGGGCAUGUAGGUCUGCAGACCCUGAUUCUGUAAUUAAUGCAGUAUUCAUUUGCUUGAGGAGUAGUAUUUUGCAAUGGAUGACAUGAGUUGAUGAGGGAUAUAUGUGUAUGUUUGUAAAUAGUGUGUCUUCAAAAUAAAGACAAAUUUUAGCAGGUCAUUUAAAUUGACAAUUUUAUGAGAGAUUUUACUUUUAUCUGUAAAAUGUCAUGUUGAACAUACUAGAUGAGGGCUUGGGUCCUAGUGAUCUGAUCCCAUUUGGUGAUCAGGUGUCUCUUUAUCAAGUAUCUGUGUUAUGAUCACCUUGUUGGGUAUGUCUUUCCUACUAAUGCAAUUCUUUGAUAUGGAAAUAAGAUAGAUCUCAACUAACUUCAGAAUAAAAAUAAAAGUCCCAGAAAGAAAAGCAGAUUCCUGGAAAUGUUUUACAUCAAAAUCAUUUGAUUUUUAGUGGGUUUUUUUGUGAGCUUGAUUGUAUUCCAGUAUGGAUAUGGAUUUAUUUUGAGGUAAGUAUGUUUAUUUCUUUAACUAUUAUACAAAGAAAACUCUAUAUAGAAAAAGAAAUAAAUUAAAUUUGGACAUUACAACUGGAAAAGUGAGAACAUUUCUUGUACACUGUCUAGUUGAAUUUUGGCUUUUUUUUUCGCUUGCACAUUCUGUAAAGCAUGCAUAGCUAAAUUUGGAUGCAAACUAGAAUUUUCUAAUCUUAUCAAAACAUGUAGAGACCAUUUGCAAUUUAAAGUGUAUUAAUUUAAUACCAAAGAUGUGUCAGAGACCAUUUACGUUUAUCAUAUGAUAGACUUUGUUUAAGGUACGUUCUUCUAACUGCGUAAGAAAAGCACGACAGUUCAGCUUGGUAUGCUUUACAAAGGGUGUAAAGAAAGUUUGUUCCAGUUGGACAAGUAAGUCAACACAGCAAAACAUGGAAAGUAACAUAGUUUUUCAAUCAUAUUAAUUAUUAUUUGUUGAUGUAAUGCUGCUGCAGAAUUUUUAAAUUUCAGAUUUUCUAAACAGAGAAAAUACAAUUUAUUAUACUAAGUUGAGAAUUUUUGACUGUUUUUGUAUUGGUACACACUUGUCUUUACACCCUUUUGAACAUAGCUUUUAAUAAAAUGACUUGAAAGUUUACCAUUUCAGGCAAAAUAGAAAAAUAUUGACUGAACAAAAAAAAAGAAAAAAAUUGUAGAAAUAAAAAAAAAAGAAAUGAAAUGUUGAAAGAAAGAAGAUACUGUGAAGAAUAACAAUAUGUAAAAAUGGAAAUCAAAAGAAAUUGUUAAGAUGAUUAAAAAAUAAAGUAUACUGAAAUAAUUGAAA